AUGUUAUCCUUACUUGAAUAACAGAAAUUUUAUGGUUCAACUUAUUGGGAUACUUAUCCUGAUGAUAACAUUCAUGCAAUCAUAUUACCAAAAGAAGGAAGAAGUGGAAUCUACAUUGGCAAUAUAUAUGCUGCAACAGAUACUAAAUUACAUCUUCGAUAUAAUAUUAAAUGUGUAUUGACUGUAUAAUAGAAAUGCUCAGUUAAAUUCUAAGGAAGCGAAUAAAUCUUAUUUCAUAAGGUUAUUCCUAUUGAUAUAGAAAAUUGUGGUGAUUUAUUUAAAGCUUUUUAUGAUUCCUACAUGUUUAUUGAAAAUGGAAUCUCUUAUGGAAAUGUUUUAAUACAUUGUUAAGAUUGUGUUACAAUAAGUCCAGUAUUUGUAAUUGCAUAUAUGUUAUAAAAAAAUGGGUUUACAGUUGAGAGAGCUUGGGAAAUUGUAAAAAUUUAGAAUCCUUUUGCAUAAGUUAGACAUUGUAUUAUUUGAAUUUAAAUAGAGUUCUUUUAAUAACUAUUGAUUUAUGAGUAAUCACUCAAUUUAGAUAUUUAUCUUGGUUAACCUCCAAAAGAAGGGAAACAUUUAAGAAAUGUAGAAGUGAAGGAACUUAGUAGAUUAGAAAAGAUUAGAGAAAGAGAAUAGAAAUAAAAGUCAUUUAUUGAAUCUGUUUAUAAUAAAUAUCAUAUUGAAAACAAUUACUAAAUAGAUUAUGAAGAAUUAAAGAAAAGAUAUCCAAGAAAUCAAAAUUAUUGA